CAUCAACUCCCAUCUCGUUUAACACCACAAACCCAAGGCUAAGGGUGUAUAUGAUGGCUCCUGAUCGAGGAAUCACUACUUCAUCACCAGCCACUAUCCCCCAUCUCCAUCAUGGACGCCUUUCUGUCACGCAAGAGACGUCGUCUUUCGCCACCCCCGGCUGAACCACUCCCAAAUGAACCUCAAGAAGAGGAGGAAGACUCAACUGAUGUCAAACUCGCUAUCCUCUCUUCCCUCAACCCGGACAGAUCUCAAGAUGAUCUAUUGGAAGUCCUGCUUAGCUGUGACGGUAGCGUAUCUGCAGCCAUAGACUGUCUCUCUAGCAGCACAACCACCUGGUCAUCACGUGAUAUCAAACGACGACAGAUGAUACCAGGAAUCCAAAGUGCCAUUCCUUUCUCAUCAACAGCAGACCCAAAGAUAAAGCGUCCAUCAUCAUCGUCUUCAUCCUCGUUGCUAUCAUCGUCAAAACAACCUCGUCAGCCCCUGACACGAAAAGGCAAAACCUUGCACUUGUACACACCAGACGACAUUGCCACUCACACGCCCUGCUCCAUCAUCCACAACUUCCUUCCAUCGACACUUGCCACAUCUCUCCUAAACGAACUACUCGCUGAAUCCACCAGCUACUCAUCCAUCAGCUUCAAGAUCUUCGACAAUGUAGUUAAAUCACCACACACGGCGUGUUUCUACGUCGACAACCCCAUCGACCGAGCUCGUCAACGAACCGAAUACUACUACAACGGCAACGAUCUACUCGAUGUACGCGAGACGCUCCCGACAACAAGACAAGUCAGUGAUUUAGUUCGAAUUGCAGUCAACAAGGAAAUUGAAACCCGCAUCCGGGAUUUCUAUCCAGACGGGAAAAAACUACGAUUCCAGACGGAGAAGGAAUGGCAACCCAACGCGGCGUUUGUCAACUGCUACGAUGGAGGUGCUCAGCACGUCGGCUACCAUUCCGAUCAAUUGACAUACCUGGGUCCACGCGCCGUUAUUGGUAGUCUGAGUCUGGGAGUUGCAAGGGAAUUCCGUGUUAGGCGGAUUGUGCCGAAAGACCAAAGCAGUGAUGAUGAGAACCAUCCACCCGACGCCGCCGCUGCCGCUGACCUUCAAGGUCAAAUCUCCAUCCAUCUCCCACAUAACUCUCUCCUAGUCAUGCACGCCGAGAUGCAAGAGGAAUGGAAACAUAGCAUUGCACCGGCCUCGACUAUCAUUCCCCACCCUGUGGCCGGUAAUAAACGCAUCAACAUCACCUAUCGAUGGUAUCGCGACGAGUUCCGUCCUGAAUAUACCCCGCGCUGUCGCUGUGACAUUCCUUGUGUCUUGAAGUGUGUGCAGCGCCAACGGGGUAAUCGAGGUCGCUAUAUGUGGAUGUGUCAAGCUGGAAAUCGUCCUGGUGCAGGUGAAGGCUGUGGAUGGUUUGUUUGGGCCAAUUUCACGGAUGAUGGUGUACCUGUUGGGUGGAAGGGUGGUGGGAAGGACAAUACCACAAGUGGCAAGACUGAAAAUACUGGUCAAGUGGUCGAUGAAGGUCAAGAUAAUAAGGAAGGUCACGCCUCUCUGCCACCCAUCUCAAUCGCUUAGGCGAUAGGAAACAUGGUGGCUUCACCAUAUGAUGGUCAAUUAUGUAGAAUAUCACGAUGAUUGAUGAUUG